AGUUAGGUUAGGAUUAGAUCAAGUAAUCGGUUUUGUCGACGGGUGUCGAGCAGCGCAUUUAAAGGAGUGUCUCGCACUCGCGGACGGGCUAAUGGGCGAAGGUUAAUUUGGCAGCUGCCGCGAGUGUGCUCGCGUUUCGUGAUCACGGCGUGACGGUGAUGCGAAGCAACGACGAAAACAAGCAAAAAAUUGCAACGAGAUCACCGUUGCGUCGUGUUCUCUGUGCUCGGGCUCAAAGCUGCCUCGAGCCCUCGCGACACUUCAACGUCGCGUUGCAUCUCGCCGUUUACGGUCGUUUCGGUAAACAACACGGGUGAAACGGCGGCGAGAAUGGAUAAACACAGCUUGGGCGUUCAUACGUUUUUCAUUGACGCGUAUUGAAAUAUCUGGCUGACAGAGGUUCUCAAAUCAAGAAUAGUCAUUGCACAAAAAUAUUGCGGGAGAAAAAAAGUGAAGAGGAGAGAGAGAGAUGACUCGAUCAAGAGGAACGUAAAAAUCUACCGUCACCCUGGCGCGUGGCAAACAGGGCCAAAGGUGUAGAUCCUCGUCCUUCUCAUCCUCGUCCACGGAGAGACUGCAAAAGAUGCCUGGACCAUCGACGCAAGACAGACCCCGUGCUCAUCGGCUCACGGAUAUCGAGUCUCAAACUGCGAAGAACUUUGGUGGCAAUCGAAUGGACGACUUCAGCACGCCCGUUACUUCUGGCAGCAAUAUGGGUAGUAUCGCGCGCUUUCCAAAACUCGACGAAUGUGCCCAUUUUCACUACGAACACGUCGAGCUCGGUACUUUGGAGGUAUCCAUCAAUGAAGGUUCCAAUGACUCGGAGAGCUACGCCGUUCGAAUAACAUCCGGAGAUGCGUGCUGGACGCUACAGAGAUCUUACGACAACUUCGUCAUGUUUGAUAAGCAACUGCAUCGCUGUAUAUUUGACAGAAAAUUUUCUUCUUUAACGAAGCUUCCAGAAAUUCGGCCAAAAAAUACCUGUGAUAUACUGAAGGAUUACUUGAGACGAUUCUCGCAAUUGAAUCACGAAGGCCUAAACUGUGGACCAGUGUUGAACUGGUUGCAGCUCGACAACAGAGGGAGAAGGAUUCUGGUGCCGGAAUCAGAUUCCUGUCCUAUAAACACUCCAGCCGUCGCCGCGGCCUAUGCAGUGAGACCGUACACUGCCCAAGCGCAAGAUGAAAUUUCCUUUCAGGUGGGCGACAUGAUAUCCGUUAUAGACAUGCCUCCUGCGGGGGAGAGUACCUGGUGGCGUGGAAAGCAUGGAUUCGCAGUUGGAUUUUUCCCAGCUGAAUGCGUCGCUGUAAUCGGAGACAAAGUGCCACGUCAUUUGACAGUUUCAACGACAGUCAGAUCCAGAUUGCCAGUGAAGCCCGUGCUUCGUAAACACGGCAAACUAAUCGCCUUCUUUAGAUCUUUCAUAUUAAAUCGGCCUUCUAGGAGAAGAUUGAAGCAAUCAGGUAUAUUGCGAGAGCGCGUGUUUGGUUGCGACUUGGGAGAGCAUCUACUAAAUUCUGGCCAAGACGUACCCACCGUUCUCACGUGCUGCGCGGAAUUCAUAGAGAAACAUGGUCUAGUCGACGGUAUAUAUCGUCUAAGCGGUGUGACAUCCAACAUUCAAAAACUGCGGAACGCGUUUGACGAAGAUCGAGUGCCAGCGCUGCACUCCGACGAAAGUAUUCUGCAAGACAUUCACUCUGUAGCGUCGCUAUUAAAGAUGUACUUCAGAGAGCUGCCGAAUCCACUGUGCACGUACCAACUUUACUCCACCUUCGUCAAUGCGGUUCAAGCUAGCAGCGACGCCGAAAGAUUGAGGCGUAUGAGAGACGCCGUUAGAAAGUUACCACCACCUCAUUACAGAACACUGGAAUAUCUAAUGCGUCAUCUGGUGAGGGUAGCCGCACGUGGCACGGAAACUGGCAUGACACCGCGUAACGUGGCCAUCGUCUGGGCGCCGAAUCUCUUGAGAUGCAAGGAGCUGGAAGUGGGCGGCGUAGCCGCGCUCCAAGGCGUCGGAGUCCAGGCGGUGGUGACGGAAUUUCUAGUCUGUUAUGCAGAACUGAUAUUCGGGGAUGGUCCUGUCGGGAGGCCAAAAUCUUUGGCGAUCACCACGUCUACGCGACUGCUCACUCUGGAAGAGGCGCGCAACAGAAGCUUCAGGGGCGAACCGGAUUAUAUCGAAGUAGGGGCAGGUCCUGCCGGUUUACCGCUGCGCUAUCACACGGUCAUAGAACUGCCGCGCAAGAGAAAUGGCUCGAAACGAUCGCCCUCGUUGAAUUGGAGGGCGUUAUUCGGCAGAGGGGCCGUGGGAAAAGCGAGACAGAUCGGUACACCGCCCCAGGCGGAAACAGUGUCAAGUUCCUUAAACUCUCUGCGACGGCUGAGACCGGUGAAAAGCGCCGACAGCUUGGACGGCGAAGAUAGCCUGGGCCCGCUCUUGGGCGGACCACCUCCCGCCAGAACAUGCGGUCACAGCCGAUCCGUUUCGCACGAUUCAUAUUUCGAUCAUUUGGCCGACGCGCCCAAUGCCUCUUCGCCGUUGGAUCUCUCGGAAAUACAGCUCAAUUUCGAUUUGGAAGAACGAGAGAUGAGGAUGCUUUCAGAAGAGGAAAGCGGCGGCGGAGUGGCGUCGAUAGAGGCGUCGCCGCGUCGGCAAAGGGCCGAGGGGAGUCAGUGUAUCACUGCUAGUGGCGGAUCCAAGAGGAAACGAUCUCGUUUAGAAGAAAGACUGCAGUGCGAUGUCGAGCUGCGCUUCAUAGAUAGCCAAAGUCCUGAUCAGAUUAUGGUAACGACAAGUGCGGAUAUUCACAACAUCGAGACGCCAUCUCCGUUGCCAACGCCAGGCUACUUGCCGCUGUUGUCGGAGGCUUCCACACCGCUAACGCCGCCUACGUUGCAGGGCACGUCCCAUUCCACGUCGCCGAUACCAGCUAAUAGUCCCCGAAUAAGUUUCCGAAGUUUCACCUUGCCGUUGGAGAUCGGCGAUGAGAACAGCAAAUUGAAGGAAACCAGCGGAUUGUCUUCUGAAAAAUUGUCCGAUCGCAGCCAUAGAUUAUCUAUAAACUUAGAGGACCGGUCGAGGGGAUUAGAAUCGUGUGAAAGAACUUACGACGGCGGACGCGCACAAUUGCAUGACAGAAGUGUAACCGCGUCACUUUCGGACGCUGAAAAUCAGGUCACAACUCAGUCGAGUGCAGUCGCUUCGAUUUUCAACGACACGGAGAUGACGUCGUCCAACAGAACGUUAUCGUCUUUGUGCGUGGAAACCGAAUCUGGCGGUAUUCAUAUAUCUCGCAAGGACACGACGGACGAAUCGACUUCGCAUUCCAUAGAAAUCUCGUCCAAGUCUUACGAUGAGAAAGAAGUCGCGGACGAUAUGGCUAAAGAAUGCGACGAGUCUGCCGAUCCACCGAGUAAGCUUGCCGCUACAGUCGAUUUGCUGAGACUGCCAUCGUCCACCACGACCGAUCUCGAUUCUCCAAUGUCGUGCGAGCAAACUCUGCAAGAGUUACAGGAAUCCGGAUUUGUAAUCUGUGAUAGUUCCGAUAAAGUAUUUGCCAAUACGGAAAAUCCGCGCGCGACGAGCAGCGCCAACGAUUCCGGCGACUGGGUGAUCAUCGGCGGCACGGCGACCGGUUCUCUCACAACACCGAUGAGCGACGCGGUUAGUCCCAACGAUUCCUUUCUGGAAAGUGGCGCAAAUCCAACGACGUCAGGAAACGUCUCUGGGAAAUCAUUAGAGCUCACAUUAGCUUCAAACAAUACGAAUACAUUUUGCAUCGAAGUCGGCGACGCGAAAUCAUUGACGGGGAAUCGUAUAUCGACGCAGGAGAGCGAAGAGAUGAUGCUCGAUGUUAUUGACACGAAGAAGUAUGCGAAUCGCGAAGACGAACGGCAAGUAGCCGAUUCGCAAGCCAGUUUCGAUCUCAUGAAUAAAGAUAAUCUCGUGGACGACGCCCAUGCGCAACUGCGCGAUCAAGAGAACGGCAAUCGAUACUCGUGCACGACGACUAAUGUUAAUUCGAGUCAAGAGACCAACGUGAGAGAGCACGCGCAGCAGGUUCACGCGUGUUACAUCGAGGCGGACAACGCGAAUAUAUUUGGUACAAAUCGGAACGAAGUGCGCGAGGAAAAGGAGAUAUUUAGAGAAACGGAAAUUUUCGAGAAUUAUCACCGUCUGUCGAGGGGCACGUCUCCGAGAUUCUCCGGUAGAUCCGAAGAGAAGCAGGAAACGAGCGUCUCCGUAACGCUGGACGAUCACGACAACGAUCAUUGUUCGAACGGACUGACAAAAAAGUGCCAAAGUUUCGGAUACAAUAAUUCGCAGAGACAGCAGACUAAUACGCAACAAAUACGUAAAUGCGCUUCCAAACGUAAUGAGGAGAGUCCCAAGUACGCCAACCUCCAAGCUAAUCAAAUACGAGGUAACAUCGAGGUAAGAAUCCCGUCGGAGAAUGCGGCUGAACCGUGCGAGGUAGCGCACGCGCCGGAAGGAACAUCGGAACUAAUGGAACGGGCGUUAGACACGUCGGGCACAUUUUCCAACGUCUCGUCUCCCAGAGUCGACGACGCGGUGGUUUUACGCGACACCGCAGCCAUCCUGCAGGAACUAGCUUUACAACGAUUGUCCGGAGGCGCUGUGGGCAGCGACGUGUCUGUGUCCACAAGAAGAAAGUACGAAAACGAAACGGCAAGGGAUAGAAAGAGUUUUGAUUCGGAAAUCGGCAGAGAGAUCGUUCGAGAAAGGAAGAUGAGACAAGAAUUAGAUUAUGCGAGGGGUAAAUCCGAGGAGUCGCAACAUUUACCGCCUUGUUUACGGGCGCGUCACGCGAGAGCGACUCGCGCGACGCUGAGUCGAUCCCUAGACGAAGCCAAGUUUAACCGGAUGACGGGGGAAAUGCCAUUGUCGGUGAAACAAGCGUCCGGUAGAUCCGAAGAUGCGCAGCAUUGCUCUACGCCUAACGUCGGCAGCGGCUCCAGCACCUGCUCGAGCGCUUCCGAAAAGAUUCAAUUGAAGAAUCUCGGUGGCCUAGAUUUGGGAGACCCGCUGUGUCGAGAGAGAAUCGAAAAGUACAAAGAAGAAAGAAGAACGUUCCUGAGGGACAAAUAUCGAUCGGAGAGCUUUCGCGGAGUUUCACCGAAAACGGAAGACGACGGUGAACAGGCGUUAUUAACCAGGUUGAAAGCAAGAGCUUCGAGACCUUCUCUUCAUUGAUGAAAAAGUGGUUCGGUCUUCUCACAAGUUUUGCUCUCUACAGUAGUAUAAAUAAGUUCCGGAGCAGUUAAUGCAUGACGCGAUAUCCAAUAUCAUCUAUCUGCAUUUUAGGACAAGUGCGAGUUAUAGAGUGGCUGUCGAAUUAAUCGAUUCGUGAUCCUUGCAAAUUCUAUAAUCUUUCUCUUGACAUCGCGUUUCUCUUUCGUUUUUAAAGCAGUGAAUAUAGGAUUUUAAUUAGAACGGAACAUCGAACAAAUAUAUAUGUAAACGAUAGUUAUAGAGAAUUUGUUAUCUUAAAACAUAACUUACAGCUCAUAUAUUUUUAUUGGAUUUACAUUAAUAUUCCAGAUAUACUCUUACUUGGGCUUAUUUGUACUACUUACAAGCGGAUGCUGUUGCAUUUGAUGAUAUGUUAUUUAUUCCGUUAGACGCUAAAUACUUUUACUCGAUUUACCGCUUUCACUUGAAUCUCAGCGGUGUCGCGGUUAUUGUAUCGGCAUCUUAAAUGAUAUUGAAAGUGGAUUACAACAAGAAUUAUAUAAAACAAGUUACUCGAUCUAUAACUCAUUUUUGUCUCGUCAAUCGCCAUUAUUAGCGAAUUUGUACGAACGCUAUUAAAACUCAUUGUUAAUUUAUUACAAACUCAAAGAUAUUCAUUUAUAUUAUUGUUAGAAGCUUUAACAAUUCUUUGUAAUUAUUAUUAUUAUUAUUAUUAUUAUUAUUAUUAAAAUAUUCUUUGAUUUUUAUAUUUACUCGUAUUCUUUGUACUGUUACGCUAGUGGAUAUAAUAAUUGAAAUGCUUUGUAUGUACUAGAGUUAUGAAAAAUACAAAGAAAAUAGUAUUGCA